UCUCCAUCACAAGUAACAAAGAGAACCAUUCCAAUUAUCAAAUCAUAAAGAAGCUUGUUUAGUCUUAUCAUCAACAAUCAUGUGUAACCAAAAGUACGACGGAGAAGGAAGAGCUUCAACUUUCCUUAGGCUUUGGCCUUUCAUGGGAAGACUGCAAAAGCGCUUCUCGCAUAAAUUAGCAGCAGCCAAAGAGUUGGGUGCUUUUGAAGAAGAAGAUCAAUGGGAAGUGCCAACUACAGUACCCGGCGAUGUGAAGGAAGGGCAUUUCGCGGUGUUGGCGGCGAAGGGUGAUGAGAGAAAGAGGUUUGUUGUUAAGCUUAAGUACUUAACAAGCCCUGCGUUUCUGAGACUACUUGAACAGGCUGAGGAGGAAUAUGGAUUCGAACAAAUCGGUGCGCUUAUUGUUCCUUGCCGUCCCGACGAAUUGCGCAAGAUUUUAGAAUGAAAUUGUGGAGAUAAGAUCCAAUUUUGAAGAUCACCUGGCUGCAUACAUGACCUUCUUGUAAAUUGUCGUAUGGUUAUACUAGGCAACUUAACUCAUGUUAUUCUUUCAUUGAUAUGAGUAACUAAACCAAUUUUAAUGUUUCAUUCUGUAAUUAAUGUACUAAUUGGUUAAAUAACCAUGUUAAUGCAUUAUUCUUUAAUCAAUUUUUUCGUGGUCUCGGCCUUUAU